AGAGAGAGAAGGCACAUAGAGAAAACGAACACAACGAACAAGGGAAGUUUUGAAAAGCAAUGGCGGAAUCGCGUAAUGGCACAGGGCUGUUUAGGAUUUCAAUGUGUGGCGGUGCAGAAGAGAUUGAACAAUUGUCCAGAGAAGGUAGCCAAUACAGUCUCUCUACUGGGAUUCUUCCUUCUCUGGGUGCAAGAAGCAACCGUAGAGUCAAGCUCCGCCGAUUCAUUGUGUCGCCCUAUGAUCGCCGUUAUAGGGUAUGGGUGACUUUCCUUGUUGUUUUGGUUCUCUAUACUGCUUGGGUGUCUCCAUUCGAAUUCGGGUUUCUCGAAGAACCAGCAGGCCCACUCUCCAUCACUGAUAAUAUUGUCAAUGGAUUCUUUGCCAUUGACAUUGUUCUGACCUUCCUUGUAGCUUACCUCGAUAGAGCUACUUACCUUCUUGUUGAUGAGCCAAAGCAGAUUGCUUGGAAGUACGCAAGUACUUGGUUGGCAUUUGAUGUCGUAUCCACAAUCCCUUCUGAACUUGCUAGGAAGAUUUCCCCUAAACCUCUCCAUACUUAUGGCUUAUUCAACAUGCUUAGACUCUGGCGUCUCCGUAGAGUUAGUGCCUUAUUUGCCAGAUUGGAAAAAGAUAGAAACUUCAACUAUUUUUGGGUUCGAUGCGCUAAGCUCAUUUGUGUCACACUAUUUGCAGUGCACUGUGCUGGGUGCUUUUAUUAUUUUCUUGCGGCUCACUACCCUGAUCCAAGCAGGACAUGGAUUGGGGCAUCUAUGAGUGACUUCCUUCACCAGAGCCUGUGGACUCGAUAUGCCACUUCCAUAUACUGGUCCAUCACCACCCUUACAACUGUUGGAUAUGGAGAUUUGCAUGCUCAGAAUACUAGGGAAAUGAUCUGUGACAUAUUCUACAUGCUCUUCAACCUUGGAUUGACAGCUUAUCUAAUAGGAAACAUGACAAAUUUGGUCGUCCAUGGUACCAGUAGAACAAGACAAUUUAGGGAUACUAUUGAGGCAGCCUCAAGUUUUGGACAAAGAAAUCAUUUGCCUGUUCACUUGCAAGAUCAGAUGCUUGCACACUUGUGUCUGAAGUUUAGAACUGAUUCAGAGGGGCUGCAGCAGCAAGAGACUCUUGAUUCAUUUCCUAAAGCAAUCCGGUCAAGCAUCUCACAUUUUCUUUUCUACUCUCUUGUGGAUAAGGUGUACUUGUUUCGUGGGGUUUCCAAUGACUUGCUUUUCCAAAUAGUUUCUGAGAUGACAGCUGAGUACUUUCCUCCCAAGGAAGAUGUCAUUUUGCAGAAUGAAGCACCCACAGAUUUCUACAUACUUGUUACAGGAGCUGUGGAUCUGCUGGUUCUCAAAAAUGGUGCUGAACAGGUUGUUGGAGAGGCUAAAACUGGUGAUCUCUGUGGUGAGAUUGGGGUUCUUUGCUACAGGCCCCAGCUCUUUACAGUGCGGACCAAACGAUUGAGCCAACUACUUCGACUGAACCGCGCAACAUUCUUGAAUAUUGUUCAGGCAAAUGUUGGAGAUGGGACCAUCAUCAUGAACAAUCUCCUUCAGCAGUUGAAGGAUUUAAAAGACCCUGUUAUGGAGGGAGUAUUGUUGGAGACGGAAAACAUGCUAGCUCGUGGUAGAAUGGACCUACCUCUCAGCCUUUGCUUUGCAACACUUAGAGGAGAUGACUUCUUGUUGAAACAACUGUUGAGACGCGGUCUUGAUCCAAAUGAAUUUGACAACAAUGGGAGGACAGCCCUGCAUAUUGCUGCAUCAAAAGGAAACGAGAACUGUGUACUUCUUCUACUGGACUAUGGGGCGCAUCCUAAUAGUAGAGAUGCAGAUGGGAAUGUGCCACUAUGGGAGGCCAUUUUGAAUAAUCAUGAACCUGUGAUCAAACUACUCGUAGACAAUGGAGCUAAAAUAUCAUUUGGUGAUGUUGGUCAAUUUGCAUGCACUGCUGCCAAGCAAAACAACUUGGGAUUGCUCAAGGAAAUUGUUCAUCAUGGAGGGGAUGUCACACGCCCCAAUAACAUUGGAUCUACUGCCCUCCAUGUUACAGUUUGUGAAGGCAACUCAGAGAUGGUCAAUUUUCUUUUGGACCAAGGAGCCGAUAUCAACAAACCAGACAACCAUGGUUGGACCCCGGUGGACCUAGCAGAGCAGCAAGGACAUGAAGACAUAAAAAUUCUCUUCCAGUCUGGUAAAAAGACCAAAACUCAAUUUGUUAAGACAGUCCCAGAGGAGCAGCAUGGGGUUCGCUUCCUUGAGAGAUUUAAAAGCGAGCCAACAAUUGUACCAGUUUCCCAUGAAGGCACAUCUCCAAUGCCAGAGGAAUCGUGGAUUCAAUCACGUCCAAGGCGUAGGACUAUCAACUUCUACAACUCGCUAUUUGGAAUCAUGCGAGGCGUGGAUAGUGACUUGUUACUACCUGUAGACCAGGCUAAAAGUAAUUAUUCUGCUAGAGUGGUAAUAAGUUGCCCUGGGAAAGGAGAUGUUGCUGGAAAGCUAGUGUUACUACCACAAAGCUUUAGAGAGCUAUUGGAGAUUGGUGUUAAAAAAUACGGGUUCUUGGCGGAUAAAAUUUUAAAUAUAGCUGGAGCUGAAAUUGAUGAAAUUGAGUUGAUAAGAGAUGGUGAUUUUCUAAUUUUUGUCAGAAAUGCUGGAAUUGAAUAAAUUAUACCCUUCAAAGGUUGGGUUUGAGGUAGAAAUUGUGCAGCAAUUGGUUGGUUUAGCCUCUUCUUAAUUUCUCAAAAUCAGUCAUUCAUUUUUGGUUCAUGGAAACAUUUUUCUAUGUCAACUAUCACAUGGGCUGAUGCGAUGGUUCGACCAUCGAUGGUGACGGUGGUGGCCUAUUGGGAUUUUGAGUUGCUUGCAGGUCGGUAUGGUGGUUAGUGGUGGUAGAUGACUAGAAAUCAGUUGUUCGGGUUGAUA